UUAUUGGUCAAACGGGCAGGAGGCGUCUCAGAAUCUUCCUCGACGACUGGCUGCAUUCUUUAACUUCCAUUGCGCGAUAUCCGUCCUCAACAUAACAUAAACUUAGCAAGAUUUCGGAAUAAAGUUUCACAAUGUCGUUACGAGGCAUUUUAAAGGUUAUACAUCACACUCAUGUGAGGUCAUUGCCAUUGCUUCUCCUUGCAAGCAAAGUUUGUCAGAAAAUCCCAUCCGCUCACACACGCUACAGUAGCAGCAGUUCAGAGGGCAUCAGCCGGUAUCCAGUGCCAAACAGGAAGAAUCUGCCUUUUGAUAUUGUGGAAUUGAUGGAGGAGGUCGAACAGAAGGGAGGGUUCCUGCCCAAUGUCUUUAAAGUUCUUGCCCAUCGUCCUGCUGAGUUUCGGGCUUUCUUCGCUUAUUACAAUGCACUCAUGAACAAGGAAAGUGGUGGUCUGUCAAAAGCGGAUCGGGAACUGAUUGUUGUCGCAACCAGUGCUCACAAUCACUGCCUGUAUUGUGUAGUAUCUCACAGUGCACUGCACCGCAUCUAUUCAAAAAACCACAUGCUGGCUGACCAGGUGGCAGUUAAUUACAAGGUUGCAGAGCUAACUUCCCGUGAGCGAGCCAUGCUUGACUUUGCAAUGGCAGUCUGCAGAAGCGAAACCAUAAAUGAAGACCAUUUCAGCACCCUGGACACUCAUGGUUUUGACCGAGAAGAUGUUUGGGACAUUGCUGCCAUUGCUGCCUUCUUUGCAAUGUCCAAUCGCUUGGCUCACCUGACUGAUAUGAGACCUAAUGCAGAAUUCUACAAAAUGGGUAGAGUGCCAAGAGACAAAGAAAAAGCCUCUGACGGGCAGGCGAUCCGAGAAUAGACUCGUAUCAGGCUCUGGAUAAAAGUUACAGUGUUUUAUGUGCAAUUAUAUUUCUAAACUGUGAAAUAAAUGAUAAAAUUGUUGCUGAAAAAAAUGCAUGCCUUGUAAAAUCUCACCGCUAGUGCCUUUUUAAUUAUCAAUCAACAUUUUAUAGUUGCACAUCUUUAUGACAUGUUAACAUUUUCUAAUGCCUUUACUGGGAGUUAUCCCUGUCAAAUCAAUUUUAUAGCAGUUGUUCAAAAUGUACGGAGUAGCUAAUUUGACCUGUUCCUCUUAAUGGUUUAUUUUAGUUCAUGUAUUUUAGGAUUGCUUUGGAUAACAUCAUAGCGUUUCAAUGAGAUGUCAGUGUAACUGGUCCUGCUUGACCUGCUCCAAGCUGGAUUCGAACCAGCGUCACUGGCACGGGAGGCGGGCACGCUAGCAAGGAGGCCUUUAAAGUCACUUGCUAGUACACCUCUUUAGACCACGGGAGUGAGGUUUACACACCGCACAGCUUUCACGUACCAGCUGGCUCCUGUUACAUCAGGACUCUUGACUUUAUUCUAAAUUCUGAAUCUCUUUUGAGCAUCUCUAUCAUAGAUCAUUAUCAUGUUGCAGAACCCAACCAUUUGAGAUUUCAGACAGAUUCUAUUGGUCUUUUAUUGAGUGCAAUCCAUCCAGACUCAGAAGAAACAAAGCCUCCAAAAACCAUAAAACUUUUUCUUCUGUUUCAGAGCUGAGGUGGUUUGUUGAUGUGCAGUGCAUUUUAUACAUGCAAGUGUAUACAUAUGUAUAUUCAUCUGAAAGUGUAUCUGUCGUCCAACAAAACAUGAAUCCAGUCACCCUGUUUUAGAGAGUUAAUUGUCCUUAAUAAAGAUUAAUAUUCUUAAUAUAUCAAUACCUUGGUUGUGCAAACCCUUUGUUUAUGAGAUAACACUUCAAAUGUUGGUCUUUUCACUAAAAGUCUUCAAAAAUAGCUGAAGACAUAUUUUCCAUGAGCACUUGACCAUACACUCAUAUAUAUAUAUAUAUAUAUAUAUAUAUAUAUAUCUUGUUGCACUCUUGGAUAUCCAAUCGUUUUAAUAUUAUCUGUCGUGGAUAGUAUUUUUCCUGAUGCAAAUGAAACGUUGAAAUGCAGCAUGUACUACUUUUCGUAAUACUGUCUCCUUUAGAUUAAUCGCUUAUGUUGUUUCAUUCCUCUUAAGUCACUUUGGAUAAAAGUCUCAGCCAGAUGAAUAAAUGCCAAUUUAAAAGUACAUGCUGAAUAAUACUUGAUAGGAUUUUUCAUGAUAAUUUACCGUCAACAAAUUUAAAUGCUGCAAAAGUUGUGCAGACUAGUGGUUGAGAAAAUUAUACCCUUUAGUACAUUGGAAAUACAUUUCAGACUUGUCUGAGACCAUAAGCUCAGACCUACAUCCAGACCAAGAAAUUACAUUUGAAAACAUUACUAUAUAUUAUACAUUAAAAAAAGCAUAACAAAAUUGCAUGCAGAAACCCACAUUCAAAUUCUCACUGAAACCAUGCAGGUAAAAUAUAAUUAAAUCAUGUGCAUUAAUUUAAUAAUAAGAGAAGCCACUACCAUCAUGCAUG